ACAAUUUUCAUUGUUUAAGUGAGCGAUGAUUGAUGGCUGCUAAGAAGCCUUUGGUUGGGUAGUCACAAUUUUAAUCGCAUCAGUUGCCACCUCAAUAUCUUAAAGCAUUUAGAACCGUGUAACAUUAUCGAGAAACAUUUGAGCGGUGCUUAACAGGAGUCCCUCCUGUGAAAUAGUCUCUUUUCAAAAGCAGCAAAACGAAAACUGAAAUAUGUCUCGCUACACAAGUCCCAAGUCAUCAUUCCGUCGCUUGGUUAUACAGACAAGAUCGCCAACAUCUUCUAGCAACUUAUACUCUUCACCAGUUCAUCAAUCCUUUACAGAAGCAAAGACAUACUCCAGUCCAUUGUCUGCAUCAAGUCGGAUGAGCAAGAAUGCUUCUAGCAAUAAUGAUCCAUUGGACUUUUCUCUGCUGGAUGCUGUUAGUGAUGAAUUUAAAACCAACCGCACAAGUGAGAAAGACAAACUCAUCGAGCUGAAUAACCGCUUUGUCAUCUACAUUGAUAAGGUGAGGUCCAUGGAGCAACAAAACAAAAUUCUUGAAACUGAAAUACAAGAACUGAAGGGCAAAGGCAAUUCCAAGACUGGGAACAUCUAUGACCAGGAGAUUAGGAAACUGCGACAAGAAGUUGAGGAGCUUACCAAGGAGAAAACGAGGAUUGAAGUUGCAAGAGACAACUUAUUGGAUGAUAUUCAGAAACUCAAGAAUAAGCUGAGGAAUGAAAUACAACAACGUGAGGAAGCUGAAAAUAACCUGUCAGAUUUUAGAGAGGAUGUGGAUGAAGCUACACAGACCUGUGCAGAUCUGCAACAUAAAAUUAAUGCACUGCAAGAUGAAAUAAUCUUCUUAAAGAAACUUCAUGAAGAAGAACUCAUUGAGAUGCAAGUUAAUGAACAGCAACAUAUCAAAAUAGAGAAGGAUUCAGCUGGUCCUGAUCUUUCCAUGGCACUCCAUGAAGCUCGUUCUCAAUUUGAUAAACUUGCUGCUAAGAAUAUUUCUGACACCGAUGAAUGGUACAAGUCUAAGAUUUCCGAUCUAUCUCAAAAUGUUACCCGCGCCAAUGAUUCUCUUCGCCUGGCAAAACAAGAAGCAAAUAAUUACCGUAGAGAGGCCCAAGGACUAAAAUGUGAAGCUGAAGCUUUUAAAGGAGCUAACGGUCUUCUUGAGCGUCAGAAGGAAGAAAUGGAAGUACAGUUUGCCAAGGAGGCAGAUAAAUUCCAGGAAAUAAUUGUGCAGCGUGAAGAGGAAAUAAAUAAUUUGAGUGAACAGAUGAGCCGUCGCCUGUAUGAAUAUCAGGAUUUGCUCAAAGUUAAAACCGUUUUAGAUGCCGAAAUUGCAACAUACAGGAAUUUACUGGAGUCUGAGGAAAAUAGGAUUUCUAUACCUUCUCCUUCUCUGCUCCUGAAUGAAAAAGGUGUACCGGAGGUUUUUUCAUCUGUCAGGAAAUUGUCUGUGAAAACAAUCGAGUUAAAAGAUGGAGAGGUUAUCGCUGAAACUACUGAAGAGCAUGAAGUGAAUGUCAUCAAAGAAGAUGUAUUUUCUGAAGAUGAAGCUUCCAGCUAAAGAAUAAAAAUCCUGACUUUUAAGGGAUAGUAUUCCAAGCAUAAAAUGAAAAUGAAAAUGCUGUUUUCAUUUCUCUGUUGCUCCAUAGAUGCUGCCUGACAUGCUGAGUGUUCCAGUAUUGUCUGUUUUCAUUUCAGAUUUCCAGGAUCGGCAAUUAUUUUGCUUUUCUUUUAUCAUUGUGAAGAAAAUGUUUAAGAUAUAGAGCUUUGUAGAUUUAUUUUAGGAGCUGCACUGUAGAAGAGUGAUACCUAAUAAUUUGUCAAAAUAAUAGUGGUAGCAGUCAUAGUAUAUUAAACAGUAUGUAAUUGCAUAACAUGUAGCCAAAGAUUCAUGAGUUCUAGAGUCAUGCAGCUCAGAAAAAAGACUUUUACUGUAUGUAAAUGAGUAAAAAGGGUGGCAUGGGCCUGAUCCCAUUGCCUGCAUGAAGACUGCACACAUUUAUGCAAACCGCUUUUAAAUUGAUUGUAAUACUCUUUCUGCUUCACUGUAUUGAGCAUUGCCACUUCUGCUUAAAUAACAAUUUCUGGUGUUUAACAGAAAAUGAGCAUUCAUUGUUUUCUUCUAAGAAUAACUGUAUUUCAGUGAUACCUAAGGGCCCAAUUGCUGAAUAAAAGGCAAUUGAUACC